CUCUGAACACGCCUCUCUCUCUCUCUCUCUCUCUCUUGACGGCGUCUCCGGUUCAGUAAUCACCGACAUCAAGCGAGAGCCAAACACAGUGUGUUUUUUUUCUUUUUCAAUACGAUCUGUGAUCUCAGAGAUUCCCAGGCAAUUACUCUUUAAUGAGUCUAACUAUUCUGAAAGGAUCACACUGAACAUCGAGAUUCCUGGACAUGUGUGUUGGCUUGAUCUAGUGUGAACGAGAAGCAUGACCCUCCAUAGAUAUAGGAUGAAAAGAGGAGCGCUUAGACGGAGGGCUAAAGAUAUCUCUCUUGUGCUUAUUGUACUUGUUUGUGCAACCCUAGUUUUAUGGUCAUGGGAUACAACUCCAACCUCUUCCUUUCUUCCACCCGAAAGUCACUUCCUAAAGCUGGAACCAGAAGAAAAGUCUGAGAGAAUACCUACCGUACCGAACACUGAAACUAAGGAUAGCUACUCAUCAGCUACUCCCUUUGUAAACAAAGAGCAAAGUAAAGAGGAUCCAACUGAUAAUAAGGAUACCGAAGAAGAAGAAGAGAAACAAGUGGAAGAAGUUACUGACAGUGAGACGAACCAAGGGAAGGCAUCAACUAUUGAAAAAGAAGAGAAACAAGUGGAAGAAGUUACUGACAGUGAGACAGAUCAAGGGAAGGCAUCAAAUAUUGAGGGAGAACAAGUGGAACGUGAAGUUAGUGUAAGUGAGCCAAAAUUUCAGAAGACACCAACUAGUGAAGAAAAUAAAAUAGAACAAGAGGUUACUGCUGGUGAGGCCGAUGCAAAGACAACACAUAUUAAAAAGACUAAUUCAGAUCCAGAGAAGAAAACUCUUACAACAGACCAAGAGAGGAUUGAACAGGUGGUAGCCAAGAAAGAUGAUGAUGAUAGUAGUUCAACAGCUCGCAUAUCUAACCAAGCUUGCAAUUACGCUAAAGGGAAAUGGGUUGUGGACAAACACCGUCCUUUAUAUUCAGGAUCUCGUUGCAAACAGUGGCUUGCUUCGAUGUGGGCGUGCAGGUUGAUGCAACGUACAGACUUUGCCUUUGAAAGGUUAAGAUGGCAACCUAAAGAUUGCUCUAUGGAAGAUUUUGAGGGUUCCAAGUUUUUGAGAAGGAUGCAGGACAAGACCCUAGCCUUUGUCGGAGACUCAUUGGGAAGACAGCAGUUUCAGUCAAUGAUGUGUAUGAUCACAGGAGGCAAAGAGAGGCGCGACGUCCUUGACGUGGGACCAGAGUUUGGGUUCAUAACUCCCCAAGGUGGAGCUCGUCCUGGUGGCUGGGCUUACAGAUUCCCUGAAACCAACACAACGGUCCUAUACCACUGGUCAUCUACACUCUGCGACAUAGAACCGAUCAACACCUUGGACCCUUUAACCGAACACGCUAUGCAUCUCGAUCGACCACCAGCUUUCCUACGCAACUACCUUCACAAGAUCAACGUGCUGGUGAUGAACACAGGCCACCACUGGAACCGUGGGAAGCUCAACGGCAACAGAUGGGUGAUGCAUCUAAACGGCGUCCCCAACACUAACAGGAAGCUAGCCGCUCUUGGGAACGCCAAGAACUUCACGAUCCACAGCACGGUUAGUUGGGUCAGCUCUCAGCUUCCUAACCAUCCUGGUCUCAAGGCGUUCUACAGAAGCCUUUCCCCGAGACAUUUUGUUGGAGGGGAGUGGAACACUGGAGGGAGCUGCAACAACACCACGCCGAUGUCUAUAGGGAAAGAGGUUUUGCAAGAGGAGUCUAGCGAUUACAGCGCGGGUCAUGCGGUGAAAGGCACAGGGGUUAAGCUUUUGGACAUAACGGCCUUGUCUCAUAUUAGAGACGAAGGUCAUAUAUCACGGUUUAGUAUCUCGGCUUCGAAAGGAGUUCAGGAUUGUCUCCAUUGGUGCUUGCCUGGUGUUCCUGAUACGUGGAAUGAAAUCCUUUUCGCUAUGAUAUAAAAAAAGAUUUGCCUCUCUCCUCUUGCUCCAUUGAGCCAUAGCCAGCUUUUUGAUAGUUUUAGUAUUUUAUUCUGGUACAGAAGCAAAACUCAUUGUAGUAAAGCGUUAACGCUGUAACCCAUACCCCUGGCUUGGUUCGGACCAUAUAUUUACAAAAGAGAAUCUAACUCAAACUUUUGUCUUUUGAGCCGAUUAAUAGAAAUUUUUAUGUUUAAAGA